GUUGGCCGUGGAGGGCCCCGGGGGCGGCAUGCUGGCCGAAGUAAUGGCGCAAAUCCAAAAAGCGGGACCCUCGUGUUGGAGCUUAGAUGAGCUCAUGGCCGUUUACCAACUCCUGCGAGACGGUGCAGCCGUCGACGGGAAAUACCGCGACCUCCUGAAUGCCAUGCAUUCCCACGCCGUGACGGUGACCCCCUCCAUGGACGAGGCGGCCGUCAGCGAGCUGCUGGGGACUCUGGUGGACCUGGACCAAAGCCAGGCCACGCCGCUUGUAAUCCAGCUGUGCAAACGGGCCGCGUGCCACGUGCCCCGCUUCUCGGACGAGCAACUGGCCGCCGUCCUCGCCGCUCUCAUGCACUUCGGCCACAGCGACCGCUACCUCGUGGAAGCGCUGGAGCGCCGAGUGUCCGCCACGGCCUUCACGUGCCACCCGGAGACGCUCACGAAGGCAGUGCAGUUCUUGGGGCGCAGAAACAUCCUGUCGCCGGCCGUGCUGGACGCCGUGGCCGAGAGCUUCGUGUACCGAGCGGACAGCUACGGCACGGGGCAGGUGGCGCGGCAAAUGGCGCCAUUCGGAAAGCUGGCCUACCUGCCGCCCAACGCCGGCGAGCUCUUCCGGAAGGUGGAGGGUGUCUUGCGCACACGCUUCUCGCAGUUCCAGCCUCGCACGCUGCUGGGCCUGCUGCACUCGUGCAUCCUGGUGGAGAGGUUCCCCGUCAACUUUGUCUCCAAGGUGUUCAGCAACUUCUUCCUCCAGCAGCUGCAAGAGGAAGGGAACGGGAUGGACCGUUUUGUCCUGGCGCAGCUGACUCAACUCUACAUGACUGUCAAAUUGGAGUGUCCCUUCUAUGAGGGUCCCCGGCUGCUCCCCAAGUACCGCGUCAAGUCCUUCCUGAUGCCGGGACGCUCCCUGGAGACGGCGGUGGAGCCGCAACUGUACAACUCGGUCAAGUCGGGCCUGGUGGAGCUGCUGGGCGCUCGCUCCUACUUUGCCUCUAAAGUCUUGACUCCUUACUGCUACACGCUGGAUGUUGAGAUCAAGCUGGAUGAGGAAGGAUACGUGCUGCCUGCGAGCCAUCAGGACGUCUUCAAAAGGAUCGCGCUAUGCAUCGACGGCCAGCGGAGGUUCAGCACCAACAGCCGGCGGCUCCUCGGCAGCGAGAGCAUCAAACAGCGUCACCUCAGGCUGCUGGGAUACCAAGUGGUUCAGAUCCCCUUCUAUGAAUUUGAGCAACUGCGCAGCAAGGCCAGCGUCAGCAAUUACCUCCAUCAGAAAAUCUUUCCCCAUAGCUACAGACUCAGCUGGUGAUGAUGUGGUGGAAAAAAACCCAAAACUAUUUCUAGUUUUGCUGUAUAGGUAAAACUAUGCGGGGGGGGGGGGCGACACAGAUUAAACGUGAUGAUGUGUCUACGCGUGGCAUUGUUUGAAAAAUA